CUCGGACUGUGCACUCAGAUACUCCCCUAUCUAUGAACAAGUUCUGCAUGAGCUGAUUCAUCUGUGGCUCUGAUUCACAUACCCAGUGCUGCUGGAGUGUUUGCACAGUGCUCACGCUCAACAUGAAUAGUAAUAUUUUGCUUCCGGAACAAAGAGCCCAGCAACUGACAUGUUCUGGCCUGGUCUCCCCGAAUAAAACAAUGUGGAUUCCGAUUCUUCUCAUGUGUUCCCUGCCCGUUUCAGGUGCGUUGUCGGCAGCGAAAUAUGUGAAAGGAGUUGUGGGAAGAGCGAUCACAAUCGAUUGUCACUAUACAGAUGGGUACCGCUCACACACAAAGUAUUGGUGCCGUGGGUGGGAUCGCCAGUGUUCAGUUAUCGUGGAAACAAACUGGCAACACGGACGGAGGGGAAGAGUGUCAAUCACAGAUAACCCGGCACGGGGAUUAUUUACUGUUACUGUGGAGGAUCUUCACUCUGGAGAUACAGGAUGGUACAGCUGUGGAAUUACAACACCUGGCAAUGAUUCAAUGUUUUCCGUACACCUACGAGUAUCUGACGAACCCGCGUCUGUUCCUCUGCUUGGAUUUCUGUCACUGGCAAAUGCCUCAUAUUGUGAGGAUUCAGUGACAGUGUCCUGUGAGUCUGUCCAAGGAUCCCUUCCCAUUGCUUAUGCAUGGUAUCAAAAGACUCCAUCGGUGGAUUCAAAGAUCUCAAAUACCAAUAAACUAGAUCUACAUUGUCAAUCCUUGAAAGACCAACAUUAUCAGUAUUAUUGUACAGCCUCAAACGUUAAUGGAAUAAAAUCCAGUAAAAUGGUCAAUGUGUCCAUCUCCAAUAAUGUCAGCAACUGCAGAAAUGUGAUUGAAGUCAACAGCGUGGUUUCAGGUGCGUUGUGGGCAGAGAAAUAUGUGAGAGGAGUUGUGGGAAGAGCGAUCACAAUCGAUUGUCACUAUACAGAUGGGUACCGCUCACACACAAAGUAUUGGUGCCGUGGGUGGGAUCGCCAGUAUUCAGUUAUCGUGGAAACAAACGGUCAACACGGACGGAGGGGAAGAGAGUCAAUCACAGAUAACCCGGCACGGGGAAUAUUUACUGUUACUGUGGAGGAUCUUCACUCUGGAGAUACAGGAUGGUACACCUGUGGGAUUACAACACCUGGCCUGGAUCCGAUGUUUACCGUACAUCUAGUGGUAUCUGACGAAGCCGUGUCUGUUCCUGUGCUUGGAUUUCUGUCACCAGCAAAUGCCUCACGUCUCGGGGGCUCAGUGUCAGUGUCCUGUGAGUCUGUCCAAGGAUCCCUUCCCAUUCAGUACACCUGGUAUGAAAAGACCCCGCCUGUGGAUUCAAAGGUCUCGAACACCAGUGAACUGGAUCUACAUUGUCAAACCUUCAAACACCGACACCAUCAAUAUUACUGCACAGCCUCAAAUAAUCGUGGAGCAGGUUCCAGUGAAAUGGUCAACGUGACGGUCUUCAAGACAACAGGGAACUGCAGUUAUGGGAUAGAAAUCAAUGGCACCCUUUCAGGUGGAUUGUGGGCAGAGAAAUAUGCGAAAGGAGUUGUGGGAAGAGCGAUCACAAUCGAUUGUCACUAUGCAGCAUGGUACCGCUCACACACAAAGUAUUGGUGUCGUGUGAGGGGUCAACUGUGUACAGAGUUAGUGCAAACAACGGGGCAAAAUGGUCAGUACAGAAGAGGGUCAAUGACUGAUAACCCAACACGAGGAACAUUCACUGUUACAAUGGAGAAUGUUGUUUCUGAAGAUACGGGAUGGUACAGAUGUGGAAUUACAACACCUGACAAACACCCAAUCUUUGAUGUACAUCUGCAGGUAUCUGAUGAACCCUUGUCUGUUCCUGUGCUUGGAUUUCUGUCACCAGCAAAUGUCUCACAUUGUGAGGACUCAGUGACAGUGACUUGUGAGUCUGCCCAGGGAUCCCUUCCCAUUACCUAUGCAUGGUAUGAAAAGACUCUGUCAGUGGUUUCAAACAUCUCAAAUACCAGUAAACUGGAUCUACAUUGUCAAUCCUUGAAAGACCAACAUUAUCAGUAUUAUUGCACAGCCUCAAACGUUAAUGGAACAAAGUCCAGUAAAAUGGUCAAUGUGUCCUUCUCCAAUAAUGUCAGCAACUGCAGAAAUGUGAUUGAAGUCAACAGCGUGGGUUUGAAGUAUUUUUGUGAAACGUUUAUGACAGAAUCAACAACAACUGCACAAGGUUACAUGAUAUGGAGUGUGGGGCGUUGGGUGCUUUUCGCUCUGCUGGUGAUCUGGAGUAUCUCAGUCACAUGGUUCACGAGAGACACUAAGAGAAGCAAUGAAUCAGUUCCUCAGAGUACGACCCAUGAGGUAAAAUGAAGGUUCCCAGAUUGCACGAACUGUGAGGGAAUUUUGCACCAAUCAAAUAUUCAUCAUUCUUCCCACUUUGCGCAGCUUUUAACAAUUGUCGAGAAUUAACGUCUCUUG